AUGGCCGCUAGAGGGAAAGAUCCUGACCCGCCUCCCCCAGCUGCCCUCACCUGCGCCAGCCCUGCCGAAUGUUCCCUGUCCAGCACUCAAAGCCAUACAGUAUGCAUGGUGUCUGACUUUUUCUACCCCAACAUGGGAGGCGUGGAAAGCCACAUUUACCAGCUCUCUCAGUGCCUGAUUGAACGAGGGCACAAGAUCAUCAUUGUCACCCAUGCUUAUGGAAACCGGAAAGGCGUCCGUUACCUCACAAAUGGCCUCAAAGUCUAUUAUUUGCCUCUGAAAGUCAUGUACAACCAGUCGACAGCCACGACCCUCUUCCACAGUCUGCCGUUGCUCAGGUACAUAUUUGUGCGGGAGAAGGUCACGAUCAUCCAUUCGCAUAGCUCGUUUUCUGCCAUGGCCCAUGAUGCCCUCUUCCAUGGCAAGACCAUGGGGCUCCAGACCGUCUUCACAGACCACUCCCUGUUUGGAUUCGCUGAUGUCAGCUCGGUGCUAACCAACAAGCUUCUAACCGUGUCUCUCUGCGACACGAACCAUAUCAUCUGUGUCUCCUACACGAGUAAGGAAAACACGGUACUCAGAGCCACGCUGAACCCCGAAAUAGUGUCCGUCAUUCCGAAUGCUGUAGACCCGACUGAUUUCACCCCAGACCCGUUUCAAAGGCAUGAUGACGUCGUGACCAUCAUCGUGGUCAGCCGACUGGUUUACAGGAAAGGGACUGAUUUGCUUAGUGGCAUAAUCCCUAAGCUCUGUCUUAAAUACCCAGAUUUAAACUUCAUAAUUGGAGGAGAGGGACCAAAGCGCAUCAUUUUGGAAGAAGUGCGGGAAAGAUACCAGCUCCAUGACAGGGUGCAUCUCCUGGGAGCCUUAGAACACAAGAACGUUAGAAAUGUCUUAGUUCAAGGACAUAUUUUUCUUAACACUUCCCUUACCGAAGCAUUCUGCAUGGCAAUUCUGGAAGCGGCCAGUUGUGGUUUACAGGUUGUAAGUACCAGGGUUGGUGGAAUUCCUGAGGUACUUCCAGAAAGUCUUAUUAUUUUAUGUGAGCCUUCAGUCAAGUCUUUGUGUGAAGGAUUGGAAAAAGCUAUUUCCCAACUAAAGUCAGGAACUUUGCUGCCUCCAGCAGAUAUCCACAACAUAGUCAAGACUUUCUACACCUGGAGGAAUGUUGCAGAAAGAACUGAAAAAGUGUAUGACCGGGUGUCCAGGGAGGCUGUUUUAUCCAUGGACAAGCGACUGGAUCGACUCAUCUCUCACUGCGGCCCAGUAACAGGCUGUAUUUUUGCUUUGUUGGCAGUUUUCAACUUUCUCUUCCUUGUUUUUCUGCAAUGGAUGAUCCCAGAUUCUCUUAUUGAUGUUGCGGUAGAUGCCUCCGGCCCACAGAGCACCUGGGGUCGACAGUGUUCUUACAGUAAACAAAGGGACCAGAAUAGUAGUGAACCUUCUAAAACCAGGUAG